GGCAGUGUUGUCGUUUGUGUCUUGUGUUUUCACGUUUUUGGAUACAUCAGGCUACAUUACCACCACCAUGAAUGCGUAUAUCGCCGUUCUGGCCCUCGUGGCCGUGUGCGUGUCUGCCGGAUACCACGGAGGUCAUCUCCACGCGUCCAUCGUUUCGCCCGGAGGACAUCAUGCUCACGCGGAUACACACUAUGUAAAGGUCCCUAUCGUGAGCCAUAAGAUCGUCAAGCAGCCCGUGAUCACCUACGUCUCGAAAGCUGUACCCGUCCUCAAAGUCGGUGUGAAACCCGUGCACACAAUUACAUCUAUCCGCGAAGAGCCUCUGCUCGUCUUCAACAACCCGAUUCCCUCCCUCGUCACCGGACCCGGCAUUUCGCUCCUUGGAGGGUACGGAGGGCACUACGGCCUUGGCGGAGGCCACGGAGGCCACGGCUGGUGGUAAAAGGAAGCUCGUGUGUGACGUAAACUAAACGUAUUUAUCCCGUUGUUGUGAAGGUGAAUGAUUUUGCAUAUCUGCACGUUGGUACGGAGCGUAAGGACUACUACAUACGUACACGCAACUAAUUCUGUAAUUGGCGGAUUCUUCGUUGCGAACCCGGAAUCAAGGAAACAAAGUCUCGGGUUUAGCGAUUCAUGUAGCUCAAAAUUGAUGAGUCGAUUGUUGACGACCGUCGCCGGUGCGCGACUCUUGUACAUUGUGAGAUUCCGUGACCGUAUGUAAUAAAUUGUGUAAAU